AUGACAAUUUCCGUAGUUUUUGGACAGUCAUCGAAGGGGACAGUUUACGAUGGCUGUUACUGUGUUUUGUCUCUCUCAUUUUUUGUAGGUAAAGUUUUUGUCCCGAAGCAGAAACCAAUCGAAACGCGCAAUGAAGAGGUCACGACCCUCGACCCAGAAAUAGAGGAAGCCUUAUCCAGCGCCACAGACGCAGAGCUGCGUGACCUGGCAGCGAUCCUGGGAGUUCACACACUGGUCAGCAAUAAUCAGUCCUACGACGGCAGCAGCAAGGAGGGCUACAACAAUGUGGUCAAAGGAGAGAAAAUGACCCCGGUUUUCGAUGAGCCUCCGAAUCCCACGAACGUCGAGGAAACUCUGCAGAGGAUAAAAAGCAAUGACAGCACUUUAACAGAAGUCAACCUCAACAACAUCAAGAACAUUCCCAUUCCCACGUUGAAAGACUUGGCCAAAGCCAUGGAGACCAACACACACGUCAAGAAGUUCAGUCUGGCGGCGACGCGGAGCAACGACCCCAUCGCUGUGGCGUUCGGUGACAUGCUGAGGGAGAAUAAAACGUUAAAGAGUUUGAAUCUCGAGUCAAACUUCAUCACAGGAGUCGGGAUCAAAGCUCUGGUGGAGGCUCUAAGGGACAACGAUGCACUCACAGAGAUCAAAAUAGACAACCAGAGGCAACAGCUCGGCACAACUAUAGAGAUGGAGAUCGCGAAAAUGUUGGAAGAAAACCACACGAUAAUAAAGUUUGGCUACCACUUUACUCAGCAAGGACCAAGAUCUCGAGCUGCUGCAGCCAUCACCAAGAACAACGACCUGGUGCGCAGGAGGCGAGUGGAGGGCGACCUCUGAGCACCACCUUUCUUCAUCUCGUCGCUUAUUUCAGCCAUCGCUCCGGUCAUCUCACUCUGUGCCAAACCGCGGAGCAUCGGCACGUGGGUCGGAAAACAAGGGAAAAACUGGAAACGCCCUCUCCACACUUAAUGUUUAUACCUUUGUUUAUGUUUAUUUUAAUGUUGUUUUUGCUGUAAAAACCUUUAGUUUUUUAUUUAGUCGUUUUCAUUUCAUCUGCCCCUUAUCAAGACUUCAAUAUGAUCUGUCCAAUUUUAUAUAUGUUUUGCUGUAAUCAUGGGAAUUAAGUAAGGACCAAUAGUACGAAAUACAUCAAUUAUAUGAGUUAACUAAUAUAAAAUGACUGCGUUUUUGAAUGGGCCGCUUGCAUUGAUUAAAACUGUUGAUUGUGUCACGCUAUAGCCUACCACUGUACUGCACAACAAGCUCCUUCAUCAAAAAUAGAUUGUACUGUAUACCAUUUAAAACUCAUUUCAAUGUGCGUAAAUAUUGAUACUUCGCAGUGGCAUCGUGCCGGGGGUGCUCUAAACAUUCCAACUUUGAGAUACAUGUAGCAGUUACCAUGGUGACACAAUGCACACGUUGGCAAACACUGACGAAAAGAUACAAAAUGGAUUUAAACUGCACAUUUUCAGGAGCCUGUGAUCAAUACGAGUAUUGUAGUUCCAACCAAAUCAGCUUUUUCUGGUCAAACCUUAUUAAAAUAAAACUCAGAUCAAGUCUAACUUGAGUAACAGAGCUGCAGACAGAGUAGUGCUUCCCGUUAGCUUCACACCCCCAGCGAAUGUUGCUGCAAAAUAUCAAUACAUUGUUUUGAAGUGGCUGGGUAAUAAUGUAACUUAACAGACAAAAUUUGUGUUCUUGAAUUGAUUUGAGCCUUUUGAAAUAUUCACAACAGACUGGACAAGAGGCUGAUGAAUUAUUUAAAAGGAUAGUGCGGUUUUUAAAGGGUUUAUCUGAGGUAAUGGGCAGAUAAUUAUAAAAUUUUUAUGUCGUCCAAUUUAAGUAAAAGUAUAGAGAAGCAGACAGGAAAUAACAUGGGCUAUAAGCUGUUGUCCAUUAGCAACAAAGUCCUUUUUAGAUCACAAGAUGGAGGAUAUCUUUAGAAAAACCUAUUAAAAAAACUCAUAAGAUAUAAUUUGAGGCCUAAACCAAAGUCAUACUGUAUAUAUAGUGGGGCGAAGUUGUAAAUUUGCCCAGUUUGGAUCAGUAGAGAUGUUAAUUUUGAUUUAAUUUUAGCAUUAAAAAUAUAUACUUGUAUGUUUUAGUAAAAGACCAAGUAUUCAUUGAAACCAAGAAGUAAGACUAAGCAUUGCCUUCCCAAUUCCCCAUGUUUGCAUCCAAAUCCAAUUUCAGUUUAAAAAACACAUAAUUUGAUCAUUCAAUUUGAUUCAGUAAAGUUACAUAACACAUCAGUCUACUCUAGAUAAGUCCUGUCUGCUUCUACAUAUUUAAAGGUGCACUGUGUAACUUUUUGGUGGAGGGUCUGUCACCUGUUUUUUUUCUAUAGAUGUCAUUACUCUGCCUGGGAUGUUCCACAGUAUGGCAUUAAACAGCUCUAUCUUACAUUUAUUAAAUUACAAGUGGUUUUAUAGCUCAAAAAUAUCUAGAAAAACAGACAUUGUGACAGAUCUGACCUGUAACUGGGUCUGCUUUGGUCUCCAUCAAAAUAGAAAGGUUUAAUGUCAUACUGUGAAACAUUCCAGACAAAGCAAUAACAUCUGCGACGAAAAGCAUUUGACAGACCCUCCAUUAGAAAAGUUACACAAUGCACCUUUAACUUUAUAUCUAUUUUAUUGAUAUCUGUCCUCCUGUUUUAAAUCUGCUCUAUCCCUCUAACAAACCAGCUGUUUUCUGCAGAUCUGAACCAAGCCAAAGACACAUUUGCAGUUUCUCAGUACUGGAACAGACGGUUAAGAUGAGUCUAAUCUGCACAUACACACCACUGUACUUUAUGCAAAUCUUAACAUUGCAUUAUAACUUCUGUUUUUUUGUGGAAACUCAUUGACUUCACACCAACCACCACACUGAAGCAGAGUUACUUGAAGCAUGUACAUAUUGUGUAAUAGGAACAUUGUACUGGCAUGAAAUCAUCACUAUAAAGGUCCUAUAUUAUGUACGAUGGAGUCUUUUUGAACUAUUUGAACAGUUUAAGGUAAAGGUGUAUUAUGUAACUUUUUCAGCUGAGGAUUUACCACCUGCUGUCUCUAUAAAGGAACUUGUUGCUUUGCCUGGAAAGUUCCGCAAUAUGGUAUUAAAGUGUGUUUAUAUUGCUAAAAAGAAUACCUUGAAAUACUUAAUUCUACUGUGAGCGAGAUCGUCUCUUCACAGAUCUGACCUGUAACUUGGCCUGGUGGUGCAGAGUGCUUGUCUUCAUGGUGACAGACAUGGGGACAAGCAGGUGGUGGACUCGUUAUCAGAAAAGUUACAUACUGCACCUUUAUAAGAAAGUAUAGAAAAUGUAUAGAAAUCUAAAAUCGAUCAAUUCCUCUUUCUGAAGUGGUUUAGAUGUGUAGGGAAGGCAUUUAGUGUUGAAAUUAUCCAAAUAUUAACUCCAGCGAAGGUUUAUGGACUUAAAAAAUGCCGAGGAGCCCUACCUGGAGCCCCACUUUAUGACAUCAUGAAGUGGGACCUUGCGUUUCUAGCUCUGGGGACAGGGGGACUGUAAGUUUGGAAGAUAACAUGAAAAGAACAAAACAAAAUACAACUUCUGGUAUGUUUUUAAUGAGGAAACUACAUUACAAUGGUUAAAGACUCACAAAAUGUAAAUUAAACAUAAUAUAGGACCUUUUUAACACCAUUUUUGUAUUGUAACUUCACUGUUCUUUUCCUUUCAUUGUGCUUUCAACGGUGGAGUUUCAGCUAAAAGACUUUGCUUGUUAAUACUGUACUCCUUAAAAUGUAUAUUAACUGUAAAACGCCAUCUCAAAUUGAUAAGUGCACAGUCUUAUGUUUCCUCUAGGGGCCGCUGUUUGUUGAGGUAUUUGUACCUUAAAAAAAGAUCUGGGUGGAAAAUGGGCCCCAAGGUUAUAUGUCCUGAUGUAUGUUAUGGUUAAAAAGCACUGCUGACAUAAAACAUCCUCAAUAAUAAAUGUUUUUACAUAA